UUAUUCUGUCGGUUUUCGGGGAGCGACCGAUGAACUCUAUGAGGGAUCCUUUAAAUCUCGAGCACCACCCGCAGCACACGUUCACGGGGACUAAACUCGCUUCCGCCAUGGCGUCCGGUUUGCAGCCGCUGGUGCGAGCGGUGGACUCCGGCAAGCACCGAAUGGACGCGCACGCGGUGUCGGACACUUCCAGUCCGGAAGCCGGCGAGAAAGACAAGAGCCAGAGCAAGAACGACGACUCGUCGGACGACCCGUCCAAGAAGAAGAGGCAGCGGCGCCAGAGGACUCACUUCACCAGCCAGCAGCUGCAGGAGCUGGAGGCCACCUUCCAGCGGAACCGCUACCCGGACAUGAGCACGCGCGAGGAGAUCGCCGUGUGGACCAACCUCACCGAGGCCAGGGUUCGGGUUUGGUUCAAGAACCGUCGCGCCAAGUGGAGGAAGCGCGAGCGCAACCAGCAGGCCGAGCUGUGCAAGAACGGCUUCGGGCCGCAGUUCAACGGACUCAUGCAGCCCUACGACGACAUGUACCCGGGUUACACGUACAACAACUGGGCCGCCAAGGGCCUGACGUCGGCCUCGCUGUCCACCAAGAGCUUCCCCUUCUUCAACUCCAUGAACGUCAACCCGCUGUCGUCGCAGGCCAUGUUCUCGCCGCCCAACUCCAUCUCGUCCAUGACGUCCGGCAUGGUGCCGUCGGCCGUGGCCGGCUCCAGCCUCAACGGCCUCAACAACCUGAACAACCUCAGCGGGCCGUCGCUCAACUCGGCCGUGGCGGCGCCCGCCUGCCCCUACGCGCCGCCCACGCCGCCCUACGUCUACCGGGACACUUGCAACUCCAGCCUGGCCAGCCUGAGACUCAAAGCCAAGCAGCACUCCAGUUUCGGCUACGCCGGCGUGCAGAGCCCCGCCACGAACCUGAGCGCUUGCCAGUACGCCGUAGACAGGCCGGUGUGAGACCCCGACGCCGCCGCUGCGCACCCGACACUCGCCUCGCCCCAACUCACGCCCACCCGCCACAGAUUUAAACACACGCACACGCGCGCACACACACGCACACACACACACACACGCACACACCACCACUUUGAGCAUCGAGUUCCCCAGAAGGGGGUGUACAGAAAUGCAAAAAACAAACAAAAAAAAAAAGCCAAUCGUGGUGGUCAUUUUUCAUCCACAGGAACAACAGACUACUGUUACAAUUAUUAUUCUAUUCUUUUCUUCCAAAAAGGGCACUAAAAUCUGAACCACUGAAAAAGCAUUUUUUCUUUCUCCUUACGUUUUAUUCCCCUUUGUUGUCCCAAAAAAAAAAAAAAGGUUGUGUAUAUAUAUAUCCAAACAUCUCCAAAGCUAUGGGGUUCGAUUUAUUAACGCAUGCGUGCUAGGGACUAAAUAAGGAAUCAUGCAAACAAGAGUUUAAGAAAAAAAAGGGAAUGUAAAUAUUAAAACGCACCGCAGUGCUGUGUUUCUAACAUAAUAAUAAAAUUAUUAUUAUUAAUGUCUGUGUGAAUAUCGAUUUUAGACUAGCAACCCUAGAGGAAGAAGAAAACGCAUUAAAAUGUUCCUGUAAACUAUUUGGUACGGAGUUUUCCCCCUCUCUCAACAAAAAAAAAAUGUGUUUUAUUU